AUGAGGCGUGAGGAGGGUGAGACGAGUAGUAGCAUCCCCCCGCAUCCCCACUCGCCGGUGGUGGGGCCCCUCGAAGAUGAUGACCUUCUCUUGGAGAUCCUCCUUCGCCUGCCCCCGCAGCCGUCGUCCCUCCCUCGUGCCUCCGCCGUAUGUAGGCGAUGGCGCCUCCUCGUCACGGACCCAGGCUUCUCCCGCCGCUUCCGUCGCUACCACUGCCGCAACAUUCCCAUUAUUGGUUUCUACAACCGACAUCUUCCAGACAUCUCCUUCGUACCUACUCUGAAGGGCCCAGACUGUAUCCCACCUAGGCGAUUGUCCUUGCAGCCUCAGCGUGACGACCAAAGCUUCUCCACCUUUGGAUGCCGCCAUGGCCUCGUACUGGUCCAUGUCCGACACUUCAAACCGCUAAAGCACCAUAUUCUGGUGUGGGAUCCUAUCACUGAUGAGCAACACAACCUUGGCAUUCCCCUGGGGAUCGAUACGGGAAACCGAUUCAAUGGAGCAGUGCUUCGGGCUACAGGAGAUUUUGACCACUUCCAGGUGGUCUUGAUAGGCAACAGCGACGAAAGACGAGCGGUCGCAAGUGUUUACUCAUCAGAGACCGGUGUAUGGAGCAAUCUCGUUUCAACAUCAACAUCGUUGCCACUAAUGGACACUACAGACCCUUUUUCCGACUGGUGUUUUAACGGUAUAUCCUUUGAACCCGCUGUGCUGGUUAGGAAUUCCCUAUACUGGCUGCUUGGAGCGGACUCGGUUGGAAUUCUCGAGUUUGAUUUGGAGAGGCAAAUCCUUGCUGUGAUAGGGUUGCCGGUGCGUGUGGGUGUUGGGAGUGAGAGUAGGAGCAAUGAUCGGUUCUCAAUUACGCAAGCAGAAGAUGGUGGGUUGGGUUUCCUCUCGCUGUCAGGCUUCAGCGCCAAAUUAUGGAAGAGGAAGACCAAAUAUGAUGGUAUUGCUUCAUGGGUGAUGGAAAAAAAUAUUGAACUGGACAAACUACUAAAAAUUCCCAUGGAUCCAAAUAGAAAUGAACACGUUAUUAAGGUAAUUGGGUUUGCCGAGAACAAUAAUGCGGUGUUCUUGUACACAAAAAUCGGCAUCGUCGCGAUCCAUCUCGAGUCGUUGCAGUUCAAGAAGCUUCCUGGAUCUAGGAGUGUUGCUUACUAUUAUCCAUUUGAAAGUGUAUGGUGUAUGUGA